AUGGUCUCUCCCCAUCCCUCCAACGCCACCCUCCCCCUUCCCCCCGCCCUGCCCUCUUUGCCGAGUUGGACAAGGACGGGGGCGGCAGGUGAAGCUGGAGGACCUGGUAAGAGCGCUAAAGCGCCGGCGCCUGCCAUUCUCCAACCGCCCUCCCUAGAUUAUUCUCGCCAACGCCUCUUCCUUAUUCCCGCAUCAGGUCGUCGCCUCUUUGCCGAGUUGGACAAGGAUGGGGACGGGCAGGUGAAGCUGGAGGACCUCGAAAGAGCACUCAAGCGGCGGCGCCUGCCGGCAGCGCACGCCCACCCGCUGCUCCGACGUCGUCGCCUGUUUGCCGAGUUGGACAAGGAUGGGGACGGGCAAGUCAAAUUGGAGGACCUCGAAAGGGCGUUGAAGCGCCGGCGCCUGCCAGCAGCGCACGCCCGCCCGCUGCUCAGACGCCUCCGGCGCCACUGGCUGGCGUCGUCCUUUGGGUGGGAGGAGUUCCAGUCGUUCAUGGAGGCCAAAGAGCCGGCGAUGCUGAGAGCCUUCACUUCCUUAUGCGUGGGCUCCUCUGGGACACUGCAGAAAGGGCAGGUGUUUGCUUCACUGGAAAAAGCCGGCCUACCAGCCACGGAGAGCAACGUGCGGGCCAUGAUGCGAUUCCUAGACGCGGACGAGUCAGGGCACGUGACCUAUGGAGACUUUCGGAACUUUCUGCUGCUGCUGCCGCCCGAACGGCUGCAGGGGAGCGACCCCAGCAUGGUGUGGUACGAUGCAGCCACCAUGGUCCCAAUGGCGCCGCCCGCUGCCACGUCAGCGCCAGCUGGCAGCGUGAUCAAGUCUGCGCUGGCGGGCGGGCUGGCCUCGGGAUUGUCGACGUGCCUCAUGCACCCCUUGGAUACCAUCAAGACCCGCGUGCAAGCGUCCUCUGCAUCCCUGACUGAAGUCAUCAAGUCAGUGCCGUCCAUCGGCAUACAGGGAUUGUAUCGGGGAGCCCCGCCAGCCAUCCUUGGACAGUUUGCAAGCCAUGGGUUGCGCACGGGCGCAUAUGAAGCUUCCAAGAUGCUUCUCACCAGCAUGCUGCCGAACCUCACAGAGUACCAGGUCCAACCAGUGGCCUCUCUGUGCUCCACUGUGUUGGGCACAGCACUCCGCAUUCCCUGUGAGGUGCUGAAGCAGCAGCUGCAGGCGGGGCUGUACAGCAGCACGGGGGCAGCACUCAAGGCGACGCUCAAGGAGGGCGGGGUGAAGGGGCUGUUCCGAGGGACCACCGCCACGCUGUGCCGUGAAGUGCCCUUCUAUGUGUUUGGCAUGCUCAUAUACCUGCAAUUCAAGCGGGUUACUCGCCAUGUGCUCCGCAGGGAGCUCGCCCCCUGGGAAACCCUCCUGCUGGGCGGCUUUUCGGGCGGCAUGGCAGCGAUUGCCAUCACGCCAUUCGACGUCAUCAAGACGCGCAUGAUGACGUCGCCGCCCGGGGCGGCAGCGGCCGGCAUGCUGACAGUUGGCGCGAAUCUAUUGGUCACGGAGGGGGUCGGGGCGCUGUACAAGGGCUGGCUGCCGCGGUUCUUCUGGAUUGCACCACUUGGAGCGAUGAACUUUGCUGGGUAUGAACUGGCAAAACAGGCGAUAGAUGAUGUGGGGGAGGAGGGGGAGGUGGGGAAAGAGGCGUAG